UUUAUAUCAUUUUUUCUUAUAAAUGGAACUUUUGAAGAAAGAUUUGGAGAAUAAGAAAAGAUUACUUAAAGAAGCCGCAUUAAUACAUCCAAAUAAAAAAUAUUUAAAAUAUACAGAAAUAACUGAUAUAUUAGAAAAUAACCAACAUUCUUUAAAUGAUAACCAGAAACAAGUUAUUAAAGAAAAAAAUGAUAUAAAAUUUAUCAAACCCUUGCAACACAAAGAUUAUAAGCAAGAACAAGAUCAAAAUCAUCAUAAAUCAAAUUCAGUUAAUGAAAACGAAAUAUCAUUGUCUAUACAGGUUAAAAUUCCUCAUAGAAAAGAAGUAAUAGCUCAAUUAAGACAAAGAGAUCAACCUAUACGAUUAUUUAGUGAAACAGAUUAUGAAGCAUAUCAAAGGCUUAAGAGUAUUGAAAUGAUAAAACCUGAGCUUGACAAAGGUUUCAGAAACGAUUUUCAAAUAGCCCUGGAAAAAAGUGACCAAGAUAUAGAUAAUUCUCUUGAUGGACAUACUAACAAAAUCAAAAUGACAGCGAACGAUGUCAAAGUCAGCGAGGACAGUACCACUAUAGACGAUAUAUUGAAAAUGUCAAAAGAAUUGGGAAAAGGGAGCACCGAUUUGGAUUCUGCCAUAAUUUUAAAAUAUUUGAAGUUCAUAUUGAAAUGUUGGGCUCGCGAACUCAACGCCCGCCCACUCCAAGUUAAAUCCACUGUCAAAGGCAAGAUGGCGUCAGCUCAACACACUCAAACGCGAACAUACCUCAAGCCCCUCUUUAUAAGGCUCAAACGGAGGUCUCUCCAAAGUGACAUACUCGAAAGUCUGACUGAAAUCGUAAGAUAUGCCUUGGCUAGGGAAUAUAUUAAGGCUAACGAAUGUUACUUACAGAUGGCGAUUGGUAAUGCCCCUUGGCCCAUAGGCGUGACUAUGCCAGGCAUCCAUGUGAGGACUGGCCGGGAGCGAAUCGCCAGCAAGCACGUGGCCCACGUGCUAAAUGACGAGACUCAACGCAAGUACGUUCAAGGCUUGAAGAGAAUCCUCACUGCUAAUCAAAGGCUUUUUAUAGCUGACCCUUCCAAAUGCAUAGAAUAUGGAGGAAUUUAAGUACCCGAGGAUAUAUGAUACGCGCUAUUCUUUAAUGUAUAUAUGAUACGGGAGCGAUAAUAUUUAUAAAGUUAAUAUAUUUCGUUAUCUAUGAAACUUAAUUAUAUAUAAAAUAUUGUCCUGUUAUAAGACUCCUAAUAAUAUUAGAUUAUAAUUUGCUAUUUCUUUUGUAUAUUGAUGAUUACUAUUACUAUCAUU